AUGGAUUUAUCGUCACGGAGUAAGUCAAGAUUUUUCGACUCUGGCAUCGAUUUAAGGAGAAAAGCGGAUGCGGACAGUGCGGCAGAGGGUGGUGGCUCUCCUACACCAGGGGUGCCUGCAGACACCCUCACGUGUGGUGCUUGCCGCCGGGCCUUCGCCCUAUCUGACAUCGUGCGGUUCAUACAACACAAAGUCUCUUCCUGCGACAAGGAUCUCACCACCUACCAUUGCUUUAGCGCUGGUCCAAAUUCCGAUCCAGAAGACGGUUCACGACCCGGACAAUUGAGCACUGGAAGUGGAAGGAGACCAUCACUCCUGACGGCAAGAAGGCCGCCGAACAGUCGGGUUCACACCCCACCACUAGCCAGUCCAUCAAUAGCACCGCCGGAUUUAUUGGAAGAUGGUGGGGCUUCCAGCACACCUAAAAGAUUAUUAGAUGAUGCAGAUGUAGAGCAGUCAACUCCAAAAAGAAGAGCGUCAACAUCACCAAUGCCAUCCAGCUCACCUGAUGAAGACAUCAAACCGAAAAUCAAACAAGAACACAUUAUGGACACAUCAGCCUCUCCCGAAGACCAAAAGAAAUCCAGGAUAGACGUAGCUGAUGCUGAGUCAAACACAAUGCAUAGUGAGCCAAGUAACUACGUGUGCUCCACCUGCAAGGCACGCGUGCACUCGGCUUGGCGGCUGGUGCAACAUGUCCAGCAUGUACACGGUGUGAAGAUAUAUGUGGAGAGCAUGCCUCAACAGCUACUCAACAAACAGAAUCACUCAAAUUCAAGCACAUCUUCCAGCAGCUCCGGCUGCUCAUCGUCUAGCGCCCCGUUACCACCACCGUCACUUCGUCACCACCCUCUGCUACCUCCGCCAGAUAUGCAUUCCCCUUUUGGAGUUGGUGGGCUGCUAAGAAUGCCGCUUCCUGGUAGCUUACCACCUCUCGCUCAUCCGUCAGUACCUCCAGCGCCACUAUUUGCUCGACCCAACCACCAUGACCAUCGAUAUAGAAUGGAACAACUUGUUUCGGAACAAUUCCGCCACCAUGGCCUCAAUUUAGCUGCUGCUGCUGCGGCCGUUGCAGCAAACUCUCUCCCUCCACAUCAAGCUUUUCCUUCACCGGCUGAUCGGCCACCUGUAAUACCUACCUCGCUAUCAGCUCGUGAAAGACAGCCCCCAGUAUCACAGCCUCUUUCAUUGGAACCCCAGCUGGAUUUUUACUCGCAGCGCUUGCGGCAACUGGCCGGUACAACCAGUCCAGGGGCGGCCACAGGCAAUUCCAGCUCUCCUAGCCCCAGGAAGCAUUCUCCUCCGUUCGCUUCCCCGUCGCCUUCCCGAGUCGGACAAACUCCACCGGUGGGCGCCGGACCCGGAACGGUGGACGCGCCUCGUGAAGCAACACGGGCGCAUAGUUCCAUAUCACCUGAACGUCGAAAUGAACCACAAACAGCUGACGCUCCACCAGCAGAUCGAUCUUCAUCUUCUCCUCCAAACAAACGGACCGAUGAAGCUAACCACACUUGUGAAUUCUGUGGAAAGAAAUUCCGGUAUGAAAACAGUUUAAUGGUCCAUCGGCGCAUUCAUACUAGAGAAAAACCUUUUAAGUGCACUGAAUGUGAUGAAGCUUUCGAGAAAAGCUCAAAAUUAAAACGCCAUAUGAAAGUACAUCGUCCUGAAAGCAAUACAGAAGAGGGAGGUGAAUCAGCUGGGGAUACUGGUGAAGAUGAAACCGAAGAUGAAUUGGAGGAUGAAGAGCUUGAUGGUGAAGAGGAGGAGGAAAAUGAAGAUGGGGAAGAGGUGGAAGAGGCCGAGGAUCUAACUGUAUCAAAUAGCAGUGUUCCUUCUGCCCCAACGAGAAAACAAACACCCGUGUUACCAGCCCACCCGCCUACUGCAUCUGUUGUUGGUGAACUUAUGGACAAAUUUGGUCUCUCCAACAUUGCCCAAUACAGUGAAGCUUUUAAACAAGCUCUACAGGAAUCUGGUAAUACGUUAAAAUGGCAACUGGCUAAGGACCGAGACAAUAACAACGGGCCUCCAUCUGAUAAACCAAAUGGAAUGCCCCCAUCUGCGGCAUUACGAUUAAAAGAAGAAUUCGCUAAAAUGCCCCCACAACCACAUCCCCUAUUCAAUCCAUUUGAGAGCCCGUUUGAAGCAUCAAAACGAAUGAAACUAGAGAUGGAUAGAGGUGAAGGUUGGUGGUUACCUACAUUACAUGCUCAGAGACCUCCAGAAAAUAUAUUUGACGGCCUAAAAAAUAGUAGCAACGGUCUUCUCCAGAACCCACUAUUAAAAACAAAAGAAAGCAGACGUAACGACACUUGUGAAUUUUGUGGAAAGGUAUUUAAAAACUGCUCAAAUCUGACUGUUCAUCGGCGAUCACAUACUGGAGAGAAGCCAUAUAAAUGUGAGUUGUGCUCCUACGCAUGCGCACAGAGUUCAAAGCUGACGAGGCAUAUGAAGACGCAUGGUCGAUUAGGUAAGGACGUCUACCGCUGCCGGUUUUGCGAGAUGCCUUUCUCAGUUCCAUCGACACUUGAAAAGCACAUGCGAAAAUGUGUUGUGAACCAAAGCAAUGGAGGCUCUCUCGCUCUGUCUGACGACUCUAAUGCGUGCCGGGAUGAGGCAUCGUGA